AUGAACCGUUACGAGUCAGCGUAUCGAGAUUACACCAUUCAGCGAGGCUCUGGCGGAGGAGGAGGUUCGGCGGACGAGUCGACCCUCUAUCCCCAGAGGCCGGAGCGGAGCAAGAGCGGUCGAGCCGGAAGGGUUGUCCGGCCCGGUGUCAAAGACACGGCCACCACAAGCGACAGCAGCGCUGAAAGUCAUCUCGGAUUCGACGGGACGACUCGCAUGAUGAUAGCGCAGACCAAUCCGGGAUUCUCCAGCACCGACGAGGAGUCUUUCAUCCAUCAGCCGCAUCUCCACCGGCACCACCAGAUCUCGUCCCGCGAACUCUCCGAUCGCAGCGGCGGCGAACGAAGCAAUCCAGACUUCUUGGUGGCCAACGACGCCAUCCAAACUUAUCAGAGAUCGCCCAGUUUGGGAAGUGGUUCCCUGUCGAUGGACGAAGAGCGUCGGGAAGAGCGCUAUCGUUACGGCCAGCACGAAGAGAAUAAUAGGUCGACGUCGGUCGAUCACGAGGUGCCCGAGAUCUACAUCCCGCAACCGGAAUUCCUCACCCGAAUGCCUACGUCGGAACUCAGUCAGGGAUCGUAUAGGACGUACAGGACAGUACCGCCCUACACAGAGGAUGCUACUCUACGUUCCAAGACGUCCAAAAGGGGUGGCAUCGUGAUCGAGUCGUCUAGGGCGCCACACCCAAUGUGCCCCAAUACUCGCAGUUGUUGCUGCCUUAUGUUACUGUUCAACCUCGGCCUUUUGCUCAUCUGUCUCGGCUUCGUUAUCGUUCUACAGCUGAACGAUCCGCCCUUCGUUUGGUAUUUGGGAGUGUUUAUGUUGGUGUUUGGCUUCGUCAGUCUCAUCAUCGGCCUUGUCUUUUGCGCUUGGAUGUGCCGCGAAGGAUCACCUGACGCUCCCCUACCGCCCAACAGCGAACUCUAUUGGACGCACCACUGGCGCAAGACAAUUUACCUGCCCGAAUCUCACGGCCGUGUUCACGAAACGACCGUCAAAACUCCCAUACCCGAAGAGGAACAGUAUCCCUAUGCUGAUGAGAGCGAUUCUUAUAGCGGUGGCGACGGUCAACCGCACCAACAGCGCUACCAUCAUCACAGCAACAAUACCAACCACGGACGUUACUAAAAAAAACAAAAAAAAAACAAGAAAAAACAUUUUUUUUUUUUUGUACAAAAGAAUUUGUUCCCCCCCCCCCCCCGUGGGUCCGUUUGACUUCCUCCUUCCGAAAUAACAAACAUUUUCUUUGUCGAGUCUUUCUUUGAGUACUAAAAUGAGAAAAACGCUAGGAUCAAACACACAAACAGUUGCGGUAAUUUUUUAAUUGGGAAAUAAAUAAGGGCCCGUAAACGAUGUCGAUCAAGUUGCCAAAAUAAUCGUUAAAAAAAAAAUUGACCAACAACAUUUUGAUUAGGGCUGUCUUUUCACCCCCCCCCUUAGUAGGGCCCUAUGCAAAAAUAAUAUAGUCGAAAUACUGUGUUGUGUGUUUUGACUUUAACAUAUCCUAAUCACAGCAAUCAACGAAAUCAAGACUUGUAAAUAUUAUUCCCCUCCUUUUCUCUCUUUCUCUGUCUCGUAAAUAGUCACGGUUUUAUAAUCUCGCGGUACGCGCAUCCGGCGGAAGAGCUUUUGUCGAGUCUUCCUCUUUUUGCGACUUUCCCCCAAUUCUUAGCGAUUAUAAUAAUAGGUGAAAAAAAAAAAAAAACUAAACAAAAAAAAACAAACCAUCGUACUUUAAUAAAAUUAUUAACCUUCAUUGUACGAAAAACAAAAUUAUUAAUAUUUGUGUACGCUUAAUAACUAAAUGUCUAGGAUUAGAUGAUUUUCGUUUCCCCCCUCCGUGUGUAUACGCGCACGUAUGACCCAUCUGGCAUUUAUUUUGAUCACAUACUCGGGGUAUAAUGUUCCCCACCUCGAAACAACAACAACACACAAAAAAAAAAUUUAAAAAAAUACAAUCUAUUUGGUUACGAUC